AUGACUGACUCGAAAUAUUUCACCACCAACAAAAAAGGGGAGAUCUUUGAGCUGAAGGCAGAGCUGAACAAUGAGAAGAAGGAGAAGAGGAAGGAGGCUGUCAAGAAGGUCAUUGCUGCCAUGACCGUGGGCAAGGACGUCAGCUCCUUGUUUCCGGACGUGGUGAACUGCAUGCAGACUGAUAACCUGGAACUGAAGAAACUGGUGUACCUUUACCUAAUGAACUAUGCCAAGAGUCAGCCCGACAUGGCCAUUAUGGCUGUCAACAGCUUUGUCAAGGACUGUGAGGAUCCAAACCCGCUGAUCCGUGCCCUGGCUGUCCGCACCAUGGGCUGCAUCCGCGUGGAUAAGAUCACAGAGUACCUGUGCGAGCCGCUCCGGAAGUGUCUGAAGGAUGAAGAUCCUUACGUGAGGAAGACCGCGGCCGUGUGCGUGGCCAAGCUCCACGACAUUAACGCCCAGAUGGUGGAGGACCAGGGCUUCCUGGACUCUCUGAGGGAUCUGAUCGCCGACUCCAAUCCCAUGGUUGUGGCCAAUGCUGUUGCAGCUUUGUCUGAGAUCAGUGAGUCUCACCCCAACAGUAACCUGCUGGAUUUGAACCCCCAAAACAUCAACAAGCUCCUGACCGCCCUGAACGAGUGUACGGAGUGGGGCCAGAUCUUCAUCCUGGACUGCCUGUCCAACUACAACCCCAAAGACGAGCGCGAAGCUCAAAGCAUCUGCGAGCGCGUGACCCCACGCCUGUCCCACGCGAACUCCGCCGUGGUGCUGUCGGCCGUGAAGGUCCUGAUGAAGUUUCUGGAGCUUCUGCCCAAGGAUUCUGACUACUACAACACCUUACUGAAGAAGCUGUCCCCUCCGCUGGUCACGCUGCUCUCCGGGGAGCCUGAGGUCCAAUACGUGGCCCUCAGGAACAUCAACCUUAUCGUCCAGAAGCGGCCAGAGAUCCUGAAGCAGGAAAUCAAAGUGUUUUUCGUCAAGUACAACGACCCCAUCUAUGUAAAGCUGGAGAAACUGGACAUCAUGAUCCGUUUGGCCUCUCAGGCCAACAUUGCCCAGGUCCUGGCCGAGCUGAAAGAGUACGCCACGGAGGUGGACGUGGACUUCGUCCGUAAGGCGGUCAGAGCCAUCGGCCGCUGUGCCAUUAAAGUGGAGCAAUCAGCCGAGCGAUGCGUCAGCACCCUGCUGGACCUCAUCCAGACCAAAGUCAACUACGUGGUGCAGGAGGCCAUCGUGGUCAUCCGAGACAUCUUCCGCAAGUACCCCAACAAGUAUGAGAGCAUUAUUGCCACUCUGUGUGAGAACCUGGACUCUCUGGAUGAGCCGGACGCUCGGGCCGCUAUGAUCUGGAUCGUUGGCGAGUACGCGGAGAGGAUCGACAACGCCGACGAACUCCUGGAGAGCUUCCUGGAGGGUUUCCAUGACGAGAGCACACAGGUCCAGCUCACCCUGUUGACGGCCAUAGUGAAGCUGUUCCUGAAGAAACCCUCUGAGACCCAGGAACUGGUCCAGCAGGUCCUCAGCCUCGCCACCCAGGACUCGGACAACCCUGACCUGCGCGACCGCGGCUACAUCUACUGGCGUCUGCUCUCCACCGACCCCGUGACCGCCAAAGAGGUGGUGCUGUCGGAGAAGCCCCUGAUCUCGGAGGAGACGGACCUGAUCGAGCCCACCCUGCUGGACGAGCUCAUAUGUCACAUUGGUUCCCUGGCCUCCGUGUACCACAAACCCCCCAACGCGUUUGUGGAGGGCAGUCACGGCAUCCACCGCAAACACCUGCCCAUCCAGCAUGGCAGCAUUGACACCGGGGAGAGUCCCGUCAGCUCCGGGCCGGCCGCCCCAAUCGAACAGCCGCAGGUCAUCCCGUCUCAGGGCGACCUCUUGGGAGACCUGCUCAACCUGGACCUGGGCCCUCCCGUCAACGUUCCCCAGGUCUCAGCCAUGCCCAUCGGGGCAGUGGACCUCCUCGGAGGGGGUCUGGACAGUUUGCUCGGAGGAGACCUGGGAGGAGGUGUUGGUGGAAGUCCUGCAGUUGGACAGAACUUCAUUCCCUCGUCAGUGCCAAACACUUUUGCCCCAUCCCCCACCCCAGCAGCCCUGAGCAGCGGGUUAAACGACCUGUUUGAACUGUCCACAGGCAUGGCCAUCAGCACGGGGGGACAUGUCAUGCCCAAAACGGUGUGGUUGCCAGCCGUCAAAGCCAAAGGGUUGGAGAUUUCCGGAACCUUUUCCCGUCGCCAGGGUCACAUGUACAUGGACAUGAGCUUCACCAACAAAGCUCUGCAGCACAUGACUGACUUCGCUAUCCAGUUUAACAAGAACAGUUUCGGAGUGAUCCCCACCACACCUUUACCCAUCCACACUCCGCUGAUGCCCAACCAGAGCAUCGACAUCUCCCUCCCACUCAACACCAUUGGCCCCGUCAUGAAGAUGGACCCGCUCAAUAACCUACAGGUCGCCGUGAAAAACAACAUCGACGUCUUCUACUUCAGCUGCCUCAUUCCACUCAACGUCUUCUUCGUGGAGGACGGCAAAAUGGAGCGUCAGGUCUUCCUCGCCACCUGGAAAGACAUUCCCAAUGAGAAUGAGCUGCAGUACCAGAUUAAGGAGUGCCACUUAAACGCAGACACGGUGUCAGGGAAACUGCAGAACAAUAACAUCUACACCAUUGCCAAGAGGAACGUGGAGGGUCAGGACAUGCUCUACCAGUCACUCAAACUCACCAACGGCAUCUGGAUACUGGCAGAGCUACGCAUCCAACCUGGCAACCCCAACUACACGCUCUCUCUGAAGUGCCGGGCCCCAGAGGUGUCUCAGUACGUCUACCAGGUGUAUGACGCCGUGCUGAAGAACUGAAACUCCCUCUGCCACUCUCUC